AUGCUUUCAACGUCGGGGAUUUGGACACUAGACAUCUGCGGAAUCCUCGCUACGAUUAACGUAACCUAUGAACUCCUUAGCAAGUCCACGAAGAAACGAAAAGGAAGCACUGCGGAAGCAAAAGAAAAGACUGCUAAGAAAGGGAAGGAAAAAAUUGAAGACCGUGAAUCAAAGGAAGCUUCACGGGAUCCUGAACUUAGUAGCCAUGCAGAACGUUCAUUGUGUUCUGCUGCAUCCACAUCCUUGGAAGUUGUAAAAAAAGUUGAUAAAGAGGAGGAUGAGCGAAAAAAUGAUCGUCGCGCGAAAGAGGAUGAGGGGAAAGAGAAGGCAGACCGAAAAGAGAAAAAAGACAAAUCUAAGGAUAAAGAAAAGGAGGAAAAGCAAAAAGAAAAAGACAACAAAGGAAAAGUGAAACGGGAAGAAAGAGUAAGAGAGGUCGAUAAUAACGUUUUGGAUCAGGGAUUGGAUUGUCCUGAAGUCAAAGAGGAAGAUGUGGUUCCGAUGAGUAUUGCUGCGAAACCUGGUGUUGAAGCACUGACACUUGCGGACAAACAAGAACGACGCGACAGUGAACGAGAGGGUCGUGAUAAUCUCGGAAUAAGUGACAAAGAUCCAAGUGUUGAUAGAAAAGAUGUAGAUGGCAGCGAUGAGGAUGGUGAUGGAAAGCGAAAGAAAGAAAGGAAGAAAUUGGCAAGAUCAGAUAGGAAAAGUGGAGAUGUCGGCGAUUCCUCAAAGUUUAAAGAUCCUGAUGAAGGAUAUCAUCCUGCCAACAUCACAUCGCGCUUCUACCUCGGUCAGAAAGUAAGAGCCCAUCACCAUGGAAGAUGGUACGACGCUCGUGUUGUAACCGUCGAACAACCUUCGAUCAAAGAAAUCAUCGAUAUAAUGGAAAUUCCAGACGAUGAGGGUAACGGACUUUCUUCUCUCGCACUCACUCGUCUUCAUGACGUCCUAACGUCUACACGUUGUUUCGUUCACUAUCUUGGGUGGAAUUCUCGCUACGACGAAUCUAUCACGCUUAACAAAAUUCGCCUAAGCGAGAAGGCAAGUUAA